AGAAGACAACUUGUGUGUCUUUCAAUUUUAGGGUUUAUGUCGACUAUGGAGAAGGAUAAAAGUGAAAUUGAAGUAGGCUCCGACUUGGGAAACAACGAUUCAACAACUCAAGAGAAGGUACACUUGAUUCUCAUAAGGUUGAUCUCUAUCGUUGACAUAUAUAUGUUUGAACACUCUAAAGUUAUGUGUGAUUCUUCAAGUCCUCCUUUGUUUGAUGAUUUGCAGAAAACGGAACGGUCAUUAGCUGAAACAUGCAGAUAUGAUGAGAUUAAUCUUGCAAUAAAAGAGGGCAAACCUUAUAGAAUCACUUGGGAAGUUGUGCCAUUGAGGACACUUGCGCUAAUGAAGGAGAGGGGCUUGCUUAUAGUAGAUGAUGAUGUUGAGAAGGCUGAUGAUGAUGACGACGACGAUGAUGAUGAUGAUGAUGAUGAUGAUGAUGAUGAUGAUGAUGAUGAUGAAGAUGACGAUGAGCCAACUGAUGAGAAGAUGCUUGAGACAGAGACCAGUGGCCGUGGUAAGAGGAGAAGAGUAGAACAAGAGCACCGCCCAGAUCUCAACAAGACUGCAGCUCCUAGAGGAUCAGCUGAGGAUAAUGUUUUACCUUUUACGAAGACGUUACCUUCGUGGAAAGAGUAUGAGUCUGAUGAGGUCUACAAAAGAACACCACAACGUCCGCACUUCCCAUCAUUGGCUUACUCGUGUGAACUUUUUCGUGAAGGGAUUGCAGCCGGUCUGACUGGAGCUUUUAUCAAAUGUGUAAAGACAGUAGAUGAUAUGGGUGAGGAAACUCCAAGAAGCAAACUAGAUGUCUACAAAGAGACAUUUGUCAUGCUAGAGGAGCAGGGAUUCGACGUUAGAGCGCCUCUAUCACGGAUCAACGAGCUGUUAUCUCUCCAAAAUGGGCUACCAAAUAUGUUGAAGAAAGAGAUGAGAGGUGAAUCGUCCAACAAAAAAGCCAAAGCUGGACUGAACAAGAAGCCUUCUUUCAAGACAAAGGAGAUGGCAAGAAAAUCCACUGUGAAACAAGAUAGGCUGAAUUUUUUGUACGAGAAACAAAGAGAGAUAAGAGAACGUUCUAGCAAAGAACCAAAGCUGAACAAGAGUCUGGUGAGGUGCAAAAGCAGCUUUGAAGACAAGGAGACGGCCAAAUAAGAGAUAUGGGGUCAUGGGUGUGGAGACUCCUUGGUAAGUUAAGAAUAACUAUGAUUUUAUCCU